GAGGAGGGGGGGGGGGGACGGAACAGAAAGGGACUUUCACAAUUUGGGAAACUAGAUCACCUAAGACCCACCAUGGUUGGUGCUGAGGGGAAAUCGUCAUGAACGGACAGAUUCGGUACGACGAGUAGUAAAAUAUCUUGUCAACAGAAUCUAAAAGGCUCGCAUGCCAGCAUAUCUGGAUAUUAUAUCGCCAUGGGUUGCUGUUGUAGUAAUGACUCUGAAUCAGAAACCUUAGAGAAAUCAGUUGGCGCAAAACACGAUGAAUCUUAUGAAAACCCACUGAUGUAUGAUAGAAAAAGACCUCCGACAUACGGUGCUACGUCUGCGACUGAAUACGACGAGCGUAGAUCGUUGACUGCCGACGAAGAAUCUUCGCCGACGACAAAGCCAGACGAGAAUGCUAUUCACGAAUUGCAAAGAAAAAAAGUAAAAACCACUUCCAAAAAAUGGAAGCAGAAAUUGAAGGGAGGUCAGAAGCUUUUAAAGAAAAAGGAUAAUAAAUAUCAAUCUAAAGAAACAUCGGAAAACCAAGUUUACCAGUCGAAGAAGAAACCCACCCUUUUGAGUUAUCAAGAUAUCACCACUAUAAGAGAAAAAGAAAAACAAAAGAGAGCACAGAUCAGAACCAAAGAUUUAGAAGCCAAAAAAGCGAAGGAAGGGAUGUCGGAAGCUUUACAGAAUGCACACGAGAGGGGUGAAAAGCUAGAUAAACUUCAAGACAAGACUGCUGACUUAAGAGCGCAUUCAGAAAGUUUUGCUGAGAACGCGCGAAAGAUACUAGAACAAGAAGAACAGAAACAUCUGGCUAAGAAAACUAAACAACAUAACACGUGACACUCGGCUGAUAUUGACAGUGUCCACGUGAAUUAAAACACAAUGAUGAGCAUAACAGAGUUCAACAACGGAAACCACCACUGUAGCCAACAACUCAUAAAUUGGUAAAUUCUACGAAUGGGAAGUGACAAAUAUUAUGGAAUAGACCUACAUUGGAAGGAUAAACACAAUAUUCGUCCGUUCCAGAAUUUAUAAUAAUUAAGUUCUUAGCGUUCUAAUAACUUAUGCAUUGCUACAUUUACUUGAUCAAAGAAAGUUAAAUGUUGCUACCACUUAACUUUUUUCUACAUGGCGACCCUACAGUGGACUACGGUAUCUCUGAACGGAUUACCAUUCAAUUAAAAAAUACUGCGCCUUCAGGAUGAGUUAUUAUUUUAUACCUGGCCACUUACUCUGCAUACUCCGACGCGAAACCCCACAUAUAAAUGUAGGAAAUUAUCUGCAGACCUCUCAAAACUACAUACAGUAUCAUAAAAUGCUGCAUGUAGAGGGAGGUAUUCAAACAUCCAUCGGACUCAAUUGCUCGCUAUGUAUGUAAUAUCCAAUAAUAGUUUAUAUACGUGGUUUAAUAUAAUUACAUAAACUCGAAUACAGUACUUGAAUACUAACGCUUUAAGGAAGUCUCUCAAAUCUGUACUUUUUCAGAGCCAGGGUUUCAUUCCUGGCCCACAUCGAAGUAUGCUCUCAACCCUCAAAUUGUAGGUGUCCUCCCAUGCAUUUUAAAUAUCGUGCUUACCAUACAUUAUUAUUAGGCAGUCCUUGCCAACAAAUAAUUUCUGUCUAUAUUGCCUGGCAUCGAUUAUUAAUUAGGCCAACUUGUGUGCGACGUAACUUUCUGUGUGCUGCCACCGAUGUAAAGGUGAAAUGUAAAUAAAUGAAUGAAUAUAUAAAUGAAUAAAUAAAUAAAUAAUAGGGUAAUAAUAAUAAUUUAUCAUCAUCAUCAUUAUACAAUAACUAUUAUUAUUUUUCUGUGUGCCUCAGGAAAUGUAAUCAUUGGCCAAACCAUGUGAUGUAUGAUGGAGAAAGUUCAUCUC